AGUAAAACAACUUUCAACUCUCCCUCCGUUGAGUUCAACUGGCCGGAGUUCCUUCCAAUUUCCGAUGACGGAGCAAAACGCCGACGAAACCAACACUGUCCAAACUUCGAAUCUCGAAAACGUAAAACCGACAAUAGUUGCUUGCUCUCAUUCGGACACAGCCCAGAAAUCAGAACCACUAAUUGAAGACCUACAAGAUGAAGAAUUAAGGAAACUUUUGGUGCCGAAGUUGGAAAACCUCCCAAUUUCUCCUCCUUCUGCUGUCGAAUCCAAUUUCGUCACCUAUUUUGCUCCCGAUUUUACGAAACCUGGGCAUGAUCAGUAUGUUCAUCGACAUGCCAAUGGAUUGUGCAUAAUUGGGUUGGCUCCGACCCACAUUGCUUUUAAGGAUGAAGGCGGAGUUACUUCGGUUGAUUUCAAUGUGGGGAAGUCUGAUCGGAGUGGAAUCAAGGUCUCUGGAAAGCGAAAAAAGAACGCGCAACAUUUUGAGUCUAAUACAGCAUUAUGUAAAGCCUGCACAAAGGGUGCUUCUUAUAUUGUGAGGUGUUGUGUGAAAGGCUCUUUAUUAGAAGUCAAUGAUAGGUUAAUUAAGCAACCAGAAUUGCUGAACUCAUCGGCAGACAGAGAAGGAUAUAUUGCAAUUAUGAUGCCAAGGCCCGCGGAUUGGAUCAAGGCCAAGACAACUUUGCUGGGCAUUGAAGAAUAUAGAGAGUUGAGAAAGGAUACGUUGCAAUUAUAAACAAGCAAGGUGGCAAAUCAGCUCGUUGAAGGCAGCAUUUGCAGGAUUGGAGUGUAUGCUGUUGGAAAAGUUUGCACGAUGCUCUCUCUCUGUAACAGUAAGAUCUACUACUUCACUACACUUUUGUUAUUGGCAUACAGAAGAAUAGUGUCAAACUUAAUUAACGUUCUUAUUUGUACUUUUAUGGUGUAUUAUUUGGAUGGGGUGGAGUUUUACUUGUCCACAUUGCUUCAUCAAUCCAUAUUUUGUUUUUCAGAGCGAUA